AUGCAAAAUCAACAACAGGAUGAUAAAAUGGAGCUGUCAUCAUCGCAGCAAGUAGAAUUUAUUGAUAAAUUUAUGGGCAGUCCUGUGCUCUCUAUUAUAGAGGAUCUAUACAAUAUCGCACAAGCUUUUAUUUCGGAUGGCUAUGACCACUUUCAACAAACACUUUUAAAUCAUAUAAUAUCAUCAAAUCCUAAUAUGACAAAAGAUGAGGCAAAGGAAAUUGAUAGAAUGUUAGAUGAUGCUGUGGAACGAAUGUUCAAUAUGAGUAUUCAAUCCCUAAAUUCACAAUUUGACAUUUUUGAACAAUUUGUAAAAACGUAUUGCUUUAACGAACCACAAAUUCCAACCGAAUGCCAGGAAUCUUUUUGUAAAUUAGUAAACCAAGAUAUUAUGGAACUCAAUAAUGAGGCUUCCAACACAGUGGAAGAUGAGGACAUUUUGAAGUUAAUUUCCGAAAUUAAUCAAAUUCAAGAACAAACAAACAGUUCUUAUUCUGAAUUGUGUCAAGGUAUCACACAAAGUAGACAGUUAUUACUGCAACGACAAGAAAUUGACAAACACCUUCUCUAUUAUCAUGAAAACGUACAAAAGAUUGAUUUCAUUCAUGAAAAGCUUAGACAUUUUUCAAUUGAUUUGGAAGAGACAAUCAAGUCAUUAAUUGAACAAGGUAAAAAACUGCACGAACAAUACGUGAAUACCAAGCAAGUUUAUGAACAAUUCUUUGGACUUCCAGCUAGAGAAGCUGAUGCAAAAGAAAGCUAUUUCCUGAGGAAAUAA